GACUCCAUUUUCUUUUAAAACUUAACUCCAAAUCAAUGUAGUACUUGUUUCCACUUAUUUAUUUUAUUUCAUCAUUUUCUUUUCUAAUGUUUUAUCAAAAAACUAUCUUCUUGAAGGUUCUGGUGUCGCUAAAAGUCCUCAAUCUCAGUCACUCCUUGUACUUGACAGAAACCCCUGACUUUUCGAGACUACCGAGUCUUGAACAACUCAUUCUCAAAGAUUGCCCCAGAUUGAGCCAAGUACACCAAUCUAUUGGAUGUCUCUGCAAUCUUACACUUCUAAAUUUGAAGGAUUGUACAAGUCUAAACAACCUCCCAGAGGAGAUAUAUAGGUUGAAAUCUUUAAAAACUCUCAUUCUCUCUGGUUGUUCAAAGAUAGGCCUAAUUGAAAAAGAUAUAGGACAAAUGAAAUCCUUGAUAACUCUGAUUGCUGAAAAUACAGUUGUUAAACAAGUUCCUUUUUCCAUUGUAAGCUCAAAAUGCAUUGGACAUAUAUCCCUACAUCAUUUUGAGGGAUUGUCAUAUAAUCUUUUUCCUUCUAUCAUUAGGUGUUGGAUGUGGCCAACAUUGAAUCCCCUAUCUUAUAUUCCUCCGUUUUGCAUGGAUAAGGAUCAUAAUAGUGGGGAUGACAUUAUGCCACUAUUUAACACCCUUGCAAAUCUUCGAAGUGUUUUGGUUCAAUGUGACACCGAGUUUCCACUAUCUAAGCAAGUAAAAACUACUCUGGUGGAAUAUGUUGUAAAUAUUUCAGAAUCAAGAAUUUCAAAGCAUCACUUCAGGUUAUCUUUGAUUGGCUUUGGAAGACACAGUGAAUUCUUCAGUACUGUGAGAGAUAGCAUAUCUCAGGUAUUUGCAAGCAGUGAGUCAAGUGAUGUUUCUCUCCCUGGCGACAAUGAUCCAUAUUGGUUGGCCCAUAUGGGUGAGGGACAUUCUGUUUCUUUCACUUUGUCUCAGGAUCGUGUCAUGAAGGGAAUGGCUUUGUGUGUUGUUUAUUUAUCAACCUCCAAAAUCAUUGAACCUAUAGUUACUGCUGUCUUAAUUGUUAAUCACACAAAGUGCACAUUACAAAUGCACAACCAUAGCUCAGUAAUGUCCUCUAACGAUGAAGAUUGGGAUUUCAUAAUGUCAAAUUUAGGAUAUGGAGACAAGGUGGAGAUUUUUGUAACUUUUGGUCACGGAUUGGUGAUCAAGAAAACUGCUGUCUAUCUUAUAUAUAGUGAAUCAAAUCGCUUGGAAAUGGAGCCUUGUCCUGAGAAAAGGAAAAUGCUUUAAAUAAAUUCAUUAAGAAAAUGUUAAUGUCUGAGUUCUGGUAAGUUAAUUUUUUUGAGAACAGAAAAGGAGUUGGAGCCAAAGAAAAAUUCCUAAGGAUAUCUGGUAAUGAGACUUCUGGUAAGUCAUUCGUCUUCUUUGAGAACAGCAGUAUCUCUUGAGUUAUGGAAUUAAUCAUGGUGUUCUUGUUUGCAAUUCAAUUUUAUGGCUUAGAGUUAAGAAGUUCAUGUUUAUUUUACCCUGUUUCUCACUCCUCAGUGGUGCUUCCUUGGCUUUACAUGAGCUGUUUAUUGUAUCUGUUUUCUGAUGGGUUGCCUUUUGUCAAAUCUUUUUAUGUAUAAUUUAAAUAUGUCAAUUUUUUUUUCAGUGUAUAUUUAUUAGUUUCAUUACAGUUUUUUCAGUUUUGCCUUUUUAUUAUACCUAUUAUUUCAAUUUUCAGUUCUUAAAGUUCAUAACUUGUUCUUUCCAAAUAUAUUCAUGUUAAGUCGAAAGUAGUGAUAAUCUUAUUGUGCCAAUUAGGUUGCUUGUUGCAUUAGCAGCAAAGUUGUGUUUCAAAAUUUAUUUUGAUGUGAAGUCAGCCUUUUCAAAUUAUUUUGCUUAAAAACAUAUCCAUGUUGAAAAUCAUAAAGCUUUCUUGUUUGAGACAGUGGAAACAAUGUCUAUAAGCUUUAAAAUGGAUAGAAAUAGGCACCAACGGCCUGAUAUAGUAGAAUUGACCUGGGUAAAUGAUACGCCCCAAAAUAUAUAGAAUUAUCCUUAGUCAUUUCAUGGUUGAUAUUAGCUAUUAUUGAAUGCUAUCUACUUAGUCAUUUCAGGUUGUACCCAUUUCUGCCACCAUAGAAGACACAAUGUAUUCAUUUCUCCUUGGAAGUCUCCUGACUUAUACCAUCAUUCGUCAUUAUCCUCUUCUUUUGCAGAUAGAAUAUGAAGCAUCUUAUAUGCAAGAGGAGAUUACACUAAAGCAAUAGAAAAGCUGGAGGAUCUUGAAGAAUUAACCAAUUGUUAUUUGGGAGUUUGAGUCAUGGUAUUUGUGCUAGCAAGGAAGGGUGCCACCUUAUACAAUCAACAUUCUUUAUUCAAGGCAUUCGAUUUCUGCUUAACCCUCACCACCCUUCGUACUAAAGACGUUGAAGCUUGCAUUCAUUAUCUAGUGGUAUCCGAAAACUAAGGAACCAAAUGGAAGUGGUUCUACAUUGAAUGACAAAGGAGGCUCAACGAGAUGAAGCAAGGCCUUGUAAAGAUUAUUACAACCUUAGAAAUUAUGUGAUUGUGAUAUGAUGGGGAAAUUUAUGAACUUUUAGAAAGUUCUAGGAUUAGGAUUACGAUAACAACUUCAAAUGUAGAAUUGUAUUGUUUAACAAUUAUUUUCAAAUUAUCUUUCUUGUUUUUGGAUAUUU